AUGAAGACGGCCAUUGAUCUGUCGGAGAAAUUGGCAGCAAGCGUGGAGAGGGCCAGCGAGGAAUGGUGGAAGCGCAAGACUGGAACGGAGACCAAGGGGGCGUGCUUCUCCAUGAACUUCCGCCACACCCGCUUAGGGAUGAAGGGCCUGCCGGUCGCCCACGUUGAUGCAACAAGUGUGAGUGAGUGGUUCAAGGAGGGUGGCGCCUUUCCUUCUUCCGCCCUCAAAGGAUUUGAGGCAAAGCUGGGCAUGAACGUUUCCGAGGCAUUGACGCACGCUGUUGUGACCUUCAAUGAGUGGGUGAACGCGGGCUCCGACCCCAUCCACGAGCUCCCCCUGACGAUCUUGGACACGUCCACGCUUGCCGAGGAGGAUCUGGAGACUGCCUGGGUUCAGGCGUCUUUGGAUUCCAUGAGCCUGAGAUAUUCACCGAAGCAGAGGCAGCCUGUUUCGGGUGAGGGGAUGGGGAGGGGUUGGUCUAGGGUCUAG